GCUUCCGAUCGCCGUCCCGUGAGUUCUUACAAAUAUAGAACAACUUACUAUGCAUCUACAGCAGGAAAAAAUGGAUGGAAGAGAGCAGUAAACUUACCUAUUUGUUGGAUAACUCAGCUCCUAUCUUGGUUCUUCAAACUCUAGGUUUUACCUCCAACUAGAACUUGAAAGGGAUAGAAAAUCAAUUGGGAUUUGUGAAAAAAUUUUAGGAGAAUUUUUGCAGAGAUUAAGUGCGGUUAUUUUGCCAUAUUAUCCUCUAUCCGCCUUUAAAGGAUUUGAUAAGUUAAUUAACCUGGAACUAUGUAGAGUCACAAUUUCUUCUGAAUUGCUCGAAAGUUUAAUAUCUCAUUGCCGGUUGCUUGAGCAAUUCGUGCUGGAAAUCCCAGAAGUUGUAAACAGAAUAGAAAUUAAUGCCUCGAAGCUGAGAUCCUUUGAAUUCACGGGCUGUGUAAGUUCUAUCUGUCUAAAGAAUGUCCCUCUUCUGGAAAAAGUAUCUCUGAUAGGUGACGAGUCUUCUAUGGAGGCAGAGAAUUUUGGUUUUGUAAAGUUUUUCGAGUCUUGCUCUGCUCUCGAGCACCUCAUCUUCAACUACAGUUAUAACGAGGUAGAUGUUGCUUCAUGACUUCAUUGUUAUGCACUUUCACAGAUGGAACUUCUUUGGGUUGACUCAUCUUGAAUUUUGGUAUUUCUUUUGCCCUAGAUGGCUCUUGACAAACAAGACGAAGUAGCAACAAGGCUUCCCUUUGAUGUUAACUCUGUCAAACGAUUUUACCUGCCUCAGAUUAUUCUGGAGGGAUCAUAUAAGUUCGCUCGUGCUCUCUGCUUGAUAAGAAGCUUCCUACAUUUAGAAUAUCUCGAAAUUGAGGUUGGCAAUGAAUAUGAUAUUACUGCUCUAGAAUGUCUCGAAAUGGAACGUUUCUCAGAUGUGACAUUUAAUCAUCUCAGGGAAGUUAAGAUAAAAUGCUUUAGGGGAACAACGCCUGAGAUGCAACUUAUCAAGCUUUUAUUUGCCAAGUCCCCACUGUCGCUGAGAAUGCUAAUUGAUACAUGGUUUCUAGAUCACAAAACUCUUGACACAAGAUUAGAUACACUGGCUGAGCUAUCAAAAUUUUGGCGUGCAUCACCUAAAGCAGAAGUAGUUUACAUAGAUUGUAGUCUUAAAAUGAGAUCAUGAUAUUUGGCUGAAAUGUUUUGGAAGUUAAAACUGAAUAAAGAGAAACAAACGCCGAUGUUGCAGUAUAACAUUGUGUUUUGUUGUGCCGUAAUAUAAGAUAAAGAGACGAGUGU